CUUUCCCAGCCAGCUGUAAGCAUUGAAGGACAGGUAUCAAAUCCUCCAUCUACUAGUAGCACAGAAGUGAAUUCUCAGACCAUUCCUGAGAAGCAGCCCUCACAGGAAGUGAAAAUGGAGGCGAAAAUGGAAGUGGAUCAUCCAGAACCAGCAGAUACUCAGCCAGAGGAUAUUCCAGAGACUAAAGCAGAAAACUGUAAGGUGGAGCCUACAGAAACAGAAGAGAGAGGCACUGAGUUAAAAACUGAAAUAAAAGAGGAGGAAGACCAGCCAAGUACUUCAGCUACCCAGUCAUCUCCAGCUUCAGGACAGUCAAAGAAAAAGAGUAAGUCUCUUAGGCUAUCUGCUCCUGGGGGCAAAGACCCAGAGUAGACUGGUGUCAGGCCCCUUGGGCUUCAGAAAUUGACGUUAAUGUAAUUUCAUCAAGUGUGAAUCCCUGGGCCUAGUCUCUUUGUUGUUACUAAUGUUGGAAAAGAAUUUUUCUUUCCUUUAGGUGUAUUCACUUGGUAUAACCACUGGGUCAGUCAUAUUCCUCAUUUCUUCAGGGCAUGGUACGUGGUUAGCACUCUCUAAAAAUUACCUCUUUUUCAGAAGCAAGAAAUU